AUGGCCCUACACCCGCCAAUAUGGUGUCUCCUUCUCGCCUGCUCGGCAGCAGCAUCUGGUACAACAUUGCUCGCAAGAAACACCUCCAACAAUGGUUAUGAUUUCGUGGACCCGCUGAUUGGAACUCUCAAUGGAGGCCAUGUUUUCGCUGGGGCUACGUUGCCAUUUGGGAUGGCAAAAGCUGUGGCAGAUAGCACCCAGGAUAAUCAAGGAGGUUAUGCAUCCAAUAGAAGUCCUAUCUCAGGGUUCUCUCACAUGCACGACUCGGGCACUGGCGGAGCGCAAUCUUUGGCCAACUUCCCUAUAUUUCCCUACCCUGGGUGCAAGGGAGACGACAUAAAUGGAUGUAUAUUUCCAAAGACCAAGCGAUCCGUUGCACCUGUAAACGGAAGCGUGUCUGCUCGCCCUGGAUAUUUUACCAUUGACCUCCAGUCCGGGAUAAGGGCUGAAAUAACCGCUGCCAAUCAUACAGCACUGUACAAGUUCACCUUUUUCGGCAACGCUACAGGAAAUGCUACGGUUGAUGCUCCUCUGAGUCCGCUAUUCAUCAUAGAUCUGACAGAUCUACCUGACACAAGGCAGAGCGGUUCGGCAGCUGUAGACCCAGAGACUGGCAGGAUGACGGGAACGGGGAAAUUCAACCCCAGUUUCGGAAUCGGCAGCUACGAUGCAUAUUUCUGUGCCGAUUUCAAAGGCGGUUCUAUUCGAGAUAACGGUGUCUUCACCAACACUAGGGCUGCAAACGACCCCAAGAAUAUCACCGUAGCCAAGGACAACAACGAUCCGCCACUUCCAGCCGGAACGUGGCUGUGGUUCGACCCCGUUGAGUCAGGACCGACGGAAGUGAUAGCAAGAGUCGGUGUCUCGUUCAAGAGUACCCAGCAGGCUUGCUCGAAUUCUGAGGCCGAGAUACCAACUUUCGAUUUUGACGCCACGUUAUCAGCAGCUGAGAGAAUUUGGAGGGAUAAGCUGUCGGUGAUCAGUAUCGACGCUACUGGUGUCGAUGAAUCGCUACAAACCACCUUUUGGAGUGGCAUAUACCGAGCGAUGUUAAGCCCCCAGGACUAUACCGGCGAAAACCCACUGUGGGAUUCUGAUGAGCCGUACUAUGAUUCUUACUACUGCAUCUGGGAUUCGUUCCGCAGCAUACAUCCUUUCAUUACACUAGUGGACCCCUACUCGCAGACACAGAUGAUCCGCUCUCUUAUCGAUAUUUACCGACAUGAGGGAUACCUCCCUGACUGUCGCAUGUCCCUCUGCAAAGGGUUCACGCAAGGUGGAUCGAAUGCCGACGUUGUUCUUGCUGACUCGUUCCUCAAGAACAUUACGCAAGACGUCGACUGGGCGACUGGCUACGAGGCACUUGUCAAAGAUGCCGAGGUCGAGCCUCAGGUCUGGGAUCUUGAGGGCCGCGGCGGUUUGCGGAGCUGGAAGAGCCUUGGUUACAUCCCUGCAGACGACUUCGAUCCCGACGGAAACGGACUCUUCACUCGAAGUAUCAGCAGGACUGUGGAAUAUGCCUAUGAUGACUUCUGCAUCAGUGAAGUCGCCCAAGCCAUGGGGAAGCAAGGAGAUCGCGAAAAAUACCUACAGCGGUCCGGCAAUUGGAUGAAUCUCUACAACCCGGAUCAGACUUCUAGCAUCAAUGGCACAGACACGGGUUUCAAGGGGUUUCUGCAGCCCAAGUAUCUCAACCAGUCGUAUGGGUACCAAGAUCCUGCGUAUUGUAGUCCCCUGCUUAAUUUCACGUCCUGCUAUUUGAACCCGGGUGGCAGCGAGACAUACGAGGGUAGCAGCUGGAUGUACACAACCUUCGCGCCACAUGAUAUGGCCCGCCUGAUCACCACGCUUGGCGGGCCCGACGCCUUUGUCCGCCGCCUCGAUUACCUACAUGAGAGUGGGCUACUAUACAUAGGUGACGAGCAAGCGUUUCUGCCCGUGUUCCAGUACCACUAUGCUGGGCGACCCGGCAAGUCCUCGGCGCGCAUCCACGCCUACAUUCCAUCCCAGUUCAACACAACCACGGCCGGCAUCCCCGGGAACGACGACUCAGGCGCCAUGGGAAGCUUCGUCGCGCUGUCGAUGCUGGGUGUUUUCCCUAACCCAGGCCAGGACGUGUACUUCAUCACACCGCCGUUCUUCCCCUCGGUAUCGAUCAAGAACCAGCAGACGGGCAAGACGGCCACGAUCCGGAACUUGAACUUUGACCCGGCGUACACCAAUAUAUACAUCCAGAGUGCGACCUUGAACGGCGCCCCGUACUCGCGUAACUAUCUAACCCAUAGUUUCUUCCUCGAAGGCGGCACGCUGGAGCUCACACUUGGGCCUGUGGAGAGCACGAGCUGGGGAACUGGGGAAGGAGAUAUACCGCCAAGCUAUGGACCAACUUGA